UUGCCUGUUCCAGAGUGGUGGCUUCACUAUGUUGGCGUGGAUAAACGAAAAGUCUGCCGAUGCAGCCAUCCUGCACGACAUCGGGAGAAAACUUUCCGCCUUAUCAAAGAAUGGCCAGAACUAGAAGCAAGCUUGAAUUUUUACAUGGACCGCAUGAACUACAAGACAUGUACUAUAGCUGAGUAUAUGGACUAUCAGCUGAAACGCGAAAAGUUGUGGGAAAACGCUGGAAUAUACAUCCGCUCUUUCCACUGGGCGGAUCCUGCAAGGAUGUUCGUGUGUCGUUGUGCCGAACGUACUUGUUACAAGUACAGUAUGCUUAAGGACCCAGUACAAAUGGAGCAAUGCGCAGAAUAUUUUCUUCUUCAUCGAGAUGAAAUAACGGCAUCGCAAGAAAAGUGGGAGCGUCAUGAUGAAGAUUUGCCACCCCCUUACGCACCCAAUGCACAAUCCGAGUUGAAAUAUUCUCGUCAGCAAUACCAGCGUCCAACUCAAAAUGAACAUACUAGCAAGCCAUCUCAGAGGAUCCCUAAGCCAGAAAUGGGAAUGCGCGGCAGUGCGGAGCCACUGACACCUCGCUUCGUAGAGCCGCGCAAAGAUGGUGCAGCAAUGCAGCAAGAGUCAGAGAUGCCUCCGCAAGUUUGGAGGCAUGCCCGCCCCUCUCUAUGGAAAUAUUCUGAUGGUAACUCCUCAUCAGCAAGCACGCCCUUGGGUUCGUCGUUUUACGCUCCAUCGGAGGAACCUCGUGUACCAGCAACUGCUCCACUGGAAAACCGACCCGCUCCUUGGAAUGGUUCCGAUUCCGGCUAUUCAUCUACACAAAAACAUCAAGGACAACGAGAUGCAAGAGCUGAAGGCAUCCAUAGCCGUUCCAAAAGCUAUGAGCUAGAUCAUGACCGGGCGGAUAGUUCUUUUGACAUGCACUCAAUGCAUAGUGGCAUAGGAACUAUACCAAUUAGUAAGUCAUCCACAAGCAGCUCUCAAAGCUCCUCGAAGCUCAAGCCAACUAUGAGUAUUCCGGAUGCGCCUGAACAAGAGAAUGACGCGGAUAGUUAUACCCCUACCAUUGAUCUAUAUUUUCGCAUCGCGGACGAGGACGAAACUAACAUCAGCUCAGUGUAUAGGCAGUCCAACCCACCAUCUACUGCUAGCUCUCAAAAUUUGCCAUUCUUUUACGAAAACUACUUGAGCGACAAUAGCCACAAAGAAGCAGUCCAGAAAGAUGUUGCGGAACUAUCACCAGAGGCCUACUACUAUGGCGAUAGGUAUGCAAUUCCAACUGGUCAUGAUAACCAAAAUAAGGGAUCCAGUGGACAUAUUAGCGAGCUUUCCGCCGAGACACCCGCAGCAGAGUUAUCAGCAGAUGCGCCGCGCCAACGACACACACCGACGCUGAAUGCCCUCGAGGGUCGCGACUGGGGCACUAUUCCCGAGAUGGAGGCAAAGACAAGC